UUUGAUUCUGUUUCUGUACCAAUCAACAUGGUUUUAGGUUAUCUGUACCAUUUUGAGCUUGAUGUACUAGUUUCUUCCACGGUUUAGGCUUUAGUCCUUUGCCAAAACAUCUAGUUUCAUAUCCAAUAGCUUUUCAGCAGAAUUUACUUGUAGACUUCUGCAAUGAGGUGUGGUGUGGGAGUUUGGGACUUUGUUUACAUUUCUUUUUUUGAUCAAUUACUGGUCCUCAAUAGAUUGAGAUGAGUUUUCAACAAAAACUAGCUAACCAAUGCAUGGAGAUGACAGACAGGGCAGCUUCAUAUUUGGCCGGAAGGGUACUACUUUGGAUUUGAGUUUUGUAAAGUGAGGGCAGCAUUUUGUUUUUAAUUAAAGUGGCCUUUCAAGAAUUUGGAAGGAUUUUCUGAAUUUCUGACCAACUUCUCCCCUUAAAGAGUCUAUGCUAUAUUAUUAUUCACUCCCAUGAAGCUUCUGGCAAGCCAUGUGCAUAGUGAUUGUCUCAAUCCAUUGCAUUACUUCAUGUCUCUGUCUUUGAGCCAACUAAUACUCCACUUAGAACACCUAGACUGAAAACGAAGUGGUAUUAUGGCGCGCGAAAACUCCAUUGUUGGAUGACUGAGGUUGUGAAGAACCUUGGUUUGUUACAAUAUGAAGAAGCUUCCAUGCUCUUGGAUCAAGAACAAUACUCGGCUCCUUACAUGUAAAGGCGACAUUCUUCCUUGCAAUCUAAUUAUAAUCUGAUAAUUGACUCAUAAAGAGUUGAAAUCAAAACUCAAAAGCUUAUUUAAUGUUAAGCCCUAAAGGGAAUAAUCACAAACUCAAGUCAGAUCGUAUGAAUCAUAGAAAAAAAUAAGAAAAUGUAUUAUGGAAUCCCCCAUCCAAUUUAAAGUUUAUUCAUUAAGCUGAUAUCAAAUUGCUGAUUCUAAUGUCUUUCACUGUCUCACGACCCUGACAACUUAUUGAAUAAGAAUUGUUUGACAAGGUUCUUUUAGAUUAAUGAUUGGAGUUGACCUAUUCUUUGCUUGGGGAGCAAGUAGUUUUUGGCUUUAAUAUACAGGAAGGCUUAUACUAGGUAUGCAUUGCACACAGCCUACACAAAUUCCCAGUCAAAGUGCUUCAAUCUCUUGCUGUACUACCUGCAUAUCUGAGAAGUAGAGGCAAUUCAAAAGAUUAUGGAGAAAGUGGAUCCUAAAUUAGAAGUCAAAAUCAAAGAGGCUAAGAAGCUGAUUGCAAAGAUGGCUCAAGAUAAACUUCAGUUCACUUAUACAUUAGAAGAAAAGAUAGUAAGUCAAAUGUUUGAUGAGUUCUCUUUGGAGUCGUCGUUGCGAUACCUGAAUGCCCAGAAACACCGUCUCAAAUAUUUAUUGAUCAAGGAGAUGAAGAAAAUGGAUCUAUUGCAAAUACUGGUAGACAAGAUUCGUUGCACUGACAACACCUACCAAAAAAAUUCAAUUAAGGAAUGCUUGUCAGCACAAGAAAUGAAUAAUCAUAAAUUGCAUUGCCAGAUGGUACAUGGAAGCAAGAGUUUGAGAAAGGAAAAGCAGCUUUUGGAAGAUAUGAAACUGAGCCAGCAGGAGGAUAAGUUGGUUUCAUUUUGGACUCAAUUGGAAGAAGAACUUGGUGUUUAUCAUGCUGAUUGGCGCUUCGAUCCAAUGAAACAGAUUUUGUUGUUGCAUCACCAGAUGCCAGUUUUGAUCAUUACAGGAGAUGCAGUUAAAGACCGCAUAAUAGAAUUCAGAGAUCUUGAAUGGAGAAUACAAAGUUGUGGAGUUGUACUGCGAAAUGAAUAUGAAGCCAUUGCUAUUAAUAAUGUGAAUGGUAACUCUGCUGUGAAGGGAGAAACUCGGAGUCCUUUGGGUUAAAAAAAAAAGCCUUACAGGAGCAAGUUAAGGUUGCUGGUAAGAAAAUAGAUGAAUUGAGAAAAACCCAAUUGGCUCUUGGUCUUGGGAAAAUAAUUAGUCAAGUUGAGAGAGAAUCAGAAGCCAUGAAAAGGGGUAUAGAUUCGUGGAGGAAGAAAUUUCCAGAGUUAAAUCAGAGGAAAGAUAAAUUAUAUUUGCACUUUUUGAAACCCAUAGAUGAACAGCCAUGUUCCAUGAGGUUGGAAACUUUAUCUAUUACUACUGACUCAGUAGUUUAUCUCAUCUGAUGUGACAUCAAGAGGAACUCAACCAAAUUGAAUCCAGAAGUUCCUUUCACAAGUAAAUAAAAGAGAUGACAAGGUGCCUGUAAUUGGCUACUUGGGACAAAUCUCUACUUAAGCUCUUUCAGAACUCAAAACUAAUAAGUUUUGUGGUAGCAGGCUUCAAAUAAUACCAGUUGCUAAUUGCUAUUGGACACGCUCAAAUGAGGGGGUUUGAUUCUGUUUCUGUAUCACGGUUUUAGGUUGUAUGUACCUUGUUAAGCUUGAUGUACUACUUUUCUUUCCCAUAUUUAGCUUUUUGUUGUGUGUUUUUAUUGGCACACUGUAAUGUAAGAGGUGAUCUUGAUGCGCCUACCAAUUGAUGUUGGGAAAAUCUUCACUUAUUCACCAUUUUCUUGUAAUAUCCUUACAAUUUUUAGUGAAAAGCUCCCUGUUUUCGAUUUUA